AGAAUUUUCCUUGACCACAUUGGUGGCACCUGCCUGUUUUCCUGUGCGAACUGCAACACGAUCCUAACCCACCACUCCGAGCUCAUCUCCACUCGCUUCACAUGUGCCACCGGCCGGUCAUUCCUUCUUAACAAGGUAGUUAACCUGCAGUACAGUAAAUUUCAAGACCGGGUCAUGCUUACAGGCCGCCACAUGAAUCGAGACUUGAGCUGCAAAAACUACAGUAGCAAACUGGGAUGGAUCUAUGAGUUUGCCACUGAAGACAGCCAGCGUUAUAAGGAAAACCGUGUGAUCCUGGAACGAGCUCUAGUUCGAGAAAGUGAGGGCUUUGAGGAGCACGUACAAUAUGAUAACUCUUGA